GGUCCACUACCGCACACCUAGACCCAGCAGGCCAAUCAGACCACAUAAUCAAAGCUAUGAUGCUGUUGGCUCUAGCCAAAUGGGAAGAAGACCCUUUUGCACAUAUUGUAAAUUCAAUGGUCACACCAUAGAGCAAUGUUACAAAAGAAAUGGGUACCCACCUGUUUAUACUCCCAGACCAGCCAGUUUCAACAACCAAUAUCGAGGGCAAGCACAUUCAGCAGUCACUAUCCCACCAACUGGAUCACCUGGGAUCACAGGAACUCUCUCUAAUCUGAGGCUAUCAAGGGAGCAAUAUGAUCAACUUCAAGCUUAUGUCUGCGAUCCAAUUGGAACAUCCACUGGACAAUCAAGUUCUGGAGGUCAUUUAUCAACCUCUUCCCCUUACAAUGCAGCCGCAUUUGUAUCGUCAGUCACAAAUCCAGCAGGACCUUGUUUCGGGGAGGAGGAUUGGUAUGGC